AAACAGACACAGUGGAGUAAAGUAGAGUAGAAGUUCGACAGAAGUCCUGCUUCAUCUCCUAAAUACAGACAAGAUGGAAAACGCAUCUAUCGACAGUUUAAUUCUGAAGCUCCACGAUGUGGACGCGGUGAAGUUUGGGGAGUACAAGCUGAAGAGCGGCAUGAUGACACCCAUUUAUAUUGACCUCAGGGUGCUCGUGUCCCACCCCAAGCUCAUGAACCAGGUUUCAAGUCUCAUCUACGAGCGAGUGCAAGAAGAGGGGCUUCAGUUUGACUCUGUGUGCGGGGUCCCAUACACAGCCCUGCCUAUGGCCACAAUCAUCUGUUCCAGACAUGAACUGCCUAUGCUCAUCAGGCGAAAGGAGGCCAAGGACUAUGGAACCAAGCGUCUGGUGGAGGGCUCAUUUCGGGAGGGGGAUAUAUGUUUGAUUAUUGAAGACACUGUGACCAGCGGCAGCAGCAUCCAGGAGACCGCUCAAGUGCUCCACGCAGGGGGGCUGAAGGUGACGGAUGCCGUGGUGCUCAUGGACAGAGAGCAGGGCGGUGUGGAGAUGUUGGCUUCUAAGGGCAUUCGGCUCCAUCCCAUUAUCUCCAUGUUCAAGCUGCUCAACGUGCUGCUGGCAGCCAAGCGCAUCGACGCCAAAACAGCGCAGAGCGUCCGCGAGUUCAUCGUGGACAACAACACUUUCAGCCCCAAGAAAGAGAACAGCAAUGGAGUUUCUGCAACCAAAAAACUGUGUUUGGAGCAGAAGAUGGAGCUGAGCUACGCAGAGAGAGCCAAACUACCAAACGUCCACCCUCUGGCGGCGAAGCUGCUGAACAUCAUGGAGGAGAAGAGCUCCAACCUGUGUGUGUCCUUAGACCUGACAAGCAGCGAGGAGCUCCUGCAGCUCGCCGACUCCCUGGGCCCCCUCGUCUGCAUCCUGAAGACCCACGUAGACAUCCUGAAGGACUACACAGCGGAUUUCACUCAGAAACUGCAGGCUCUGGCUGAGAAACACAACUUCCUCAUCUUCGAAGAUCGCAAGUUCGCUGACAUUGGAAACACAGUCAAGCAUCAGUAUGAUGGUGGUGUGUACCAGAUUUCGUCCUGGUCCCACAUAGUGAAUGCCCACGUGGUGCCGGGCCCUGGGGUGGUGCAGGGCCUCGGUGCUGUAGGGAAGCCUCUGGGCCGUGGCUGCUUGCUCAUAGCACAGAUGAGCUCCCAGGGAUCUCUGGCUACUGGGGAGUACACCCAGGCUGCGCUGAAGAUGGCCGAGGACCACUCAGACUUUGUGAUUGGCUUCAUCUGUGGCUCUAAGAUCACAAAGAGGCCAGAGUUCAUCCACAUGACCCCCGGGGUGCAGAUGAAGGCUGGAGGUGAUGGGUUGGGCCAGCAGUACACCACGCCAGAGGAAGUCCUCUGCAACAAAGGCUCUGAUGUCAUCAUCGUGGGCCGCGGUAUCCUGGAGGCCUCUGAUAGGCAGACAGCCGCUGAAUCAUACAGGAAGUGCGGCUGGCAGGCGUACACAAAGAGACUUUGCCAGAGCGACCAAUAGGAGUUAGGGAGGCAUCAAUAUGUUUUAUUUUUAACUUAACCUGCCGCAAUUAAGGAUCUCUGUGGGAUGAACUUCUCUUUUUCAUUUCCGAGGAACACCAGGGUUCACUAGUUGUAUACAUAGAAACAUAUGUAGACUUUUGCAGGACGUACCUGGCUGCUGUGGGGAUUUGGACACUUUACUUUGGAGCUAAUGUUAAUGCACUCUUUUGAUUCUGUUACGCUGCUUUACCGGUGUUCUUCUGAUUCCUUCCUAUGAAUAAACUGCAAAUCUCGGGGCAGGUCUAGACAUAUUUGGGGAAAUGUUUCAGUAUUAUCAGGUGUAUUAUUUAGAAUAGGUACGUUUUUUUUUUUUUGUUUGCUGUUCAACUCCCAAUUUCCCUGAUGGCAAUUGUGUUAAAUCUGAAGUUUGAGGUGUCAUUUCCUUGACAAAGACUAUAGCUUUUCUUCAUCACAAACCUGCCAUUCCUGAGUAUCCCUUCAUAUAAUUGCCAAAAUAUU